UUUCUUGGACAGUUUUUUGUCAUUUGUAGUUACUAAUUAACAGCCUAAGAGCCUAAGAGAUGCAAAACUACGCAGAGGCAAUGAGGGACUUCGUAGAGAGGCAUGCGACCGUUCUCACAGUUGCUGUUGUUGCAGGGGCAGGCGUAUUGGCCUUGCGCAGGUGGCUGGCUGGGGGAGUGUGUCGGAGCAAGGUCAGGCUGGAUGGCAAAACAGUCCUGAUCACAGGAGCCAACACUGGCAUUGGGAAGGAGACGGCCCUGGAUAUGGCCAAGCGAGGAGCCAGAGUGAUUCUAGCCUGCAGGGACAUGACCAGAGCCCGCAUUGCAGCUGAUGAGAUCCGGCAGCAGAGUGGAAACGGUAACGUCGUGGUAAAGAAACUGGACCUCGCCUCGCUGCAGUCUGUCAGGGACCUGGCCAAAGAUGUGCAGGAGACUGAGGAACGUUUGGACAUCCUCAUCAACAAUGCCGGUAUCAUGAUGUGUCCCAAGUGGAAGACUGAGGAUGGCUUUGAAAUGCAGUUUGGUGUCAACCACCUGGGACAUUUUCUCCUCACCAAUUGUCUUCUUGACCUGCUGAAGAAGUCAGCUCCAAGUCGAAUUGUCACCGUCUCCAGCCUGGCACACGAGAAAGGUCAUAUACACUUUGAUGACAUCAACCUUGAUAAUGACUACCAGCGCCAGAAGAGCUACCGCCAAAGCAAGCUGGCCAAUGUGCUCUUCUGCAGAGAACUGGCUAAAAGACUGGAAGGCACAGGUGUGACAGUGUACAGUCUUCACCCUGGGGUCAUCCGCACCGAGUUAGGCCGCCACUUUUUCCCUACUAUACCGCUGUGGAAGAGGAUCAUAGCCAUGCCAUUUAUCAUGCUGAUUAAAAGUCCCUGGGAAGGAGCUCAGACCACCAUAUACUGCGCUGUGGACGAGAGCCUGGCAAACGUCAGUGGCCUCUACUACAGUGAUUGUGCCCCCAAAACGGCAGCACCGCAGGCCCUGGAUGAUGCCGCAGCCAAGAAGCUGUGGGAUCUCAGUGCUUCCAUGGUUGGUCUGGCUUAAACACAACAGCAGUGCCCUUGUUUGCAUGGGUGGAUAAAACACAGCACUUAUUUUUCAACGUUAAAAAGUAUUGCAUUAAUAAGGAUGAUUUUACCAAGUUAAUUUCUUUAGACCAAAACAAUUUGCUGAUGAGUGAAACAUUUAAUCUCAGACUCCAGUCAGUUGAUUGCAUUUUAAAAUAAUUUCUUCAUCUUUAUAUUCUGCAUUAUAUUUUCUGCUUUAUUGUAUAUUUAUGGUAUGCUGUCAUAUCCUUAGAAAAACAAGACAACACUUUUUAAUCUGCCACCUUUGUAGAUGUUUGCAUUUUGCUGAGUAAUUGUUUUAGGGUUUGAAUGCUAAAAUGCUUAGGUGCUAAACAGGCUCUAAUUUUUUCAUCAAAUGAUUUGUGCUGCAAAUUCCAAGAGACAUUUAAGACUGCCGCUUUUAUUCAUGGCAUAUAACAGCAAUUGCCAACAUACAGUAAAGUUCUGUAUCAAACUAAUUGCAGAAACACAGUGAUAAAAACGUAAAGCAUAACUACAUUUUCCUAAUAAGUACAAGAAAGGGAAGAUGAGAGCCUAUUUGUAUGCAGUUUGAAGAGGUAGACUGUGUUGAAGUAGCGUUGAGGUGUUGCUUAAAGCCUGGGAGGUGACCUUGUGUGUCGGCAGGCAGUGAGAGGCACUUCAGAGGAGGGGAGAUCCUCCACCAGGUGUAAAGAGGGAGUGGACACCUUGAGGGCAGAGAAGCAGCUAGUAGAUCCAGAAGACUUGUCAGCUUACUGAGUGCCCUCCUGUGUAUGUGUGAGUGUGUUUCUUUAAAUAGAUGCUGCUUGUUGUAUGAUCACAAUGUCAUUUUUGUGUUUUGUUGCUCUCAUUGUAAACAGUGAGAAUUGCACUGUGUGCCUUUUGUUGAUUGAACAAUACAUAAGUUUAAAAUGGGAAGCAUCAGAAAUGUAAUGCAUUUGGCAAUAAAUGUCUGAUUAGAAGGGAUUCUGGCAGUUACUUAAUAAAAGGUGCAGUAAAGCUCUAAAGCUCUUACAUAUUUAUUGUAAAUGAGAAAAAAACAUCCACAACAAAUGAAACAGUAUUUUAGAGUCACGUCACUUAGCAGACACAAAUAGAGAAUUCAGGCUUCUGUUAUCAGGUUAACACAUUUCAAGAACAUGAUAUGUUCUGAAAGGCUGAAUGUGGCCCCAACUUGUGUUUGAGAGCAGUUUAUGCAUCUUAAGACGUGGGAAAAACAGAUGCCAGUCUGAGCUCCUUACUGGAAGCUCAGUUAUUUAAAAGAGUUUCUGUAGAGCUCUUUUAAAUGAAGCCAGAUGAAAAUAUAAAUGAAACAAAAGGAACUUAGAUGUAUUAUCUUAGGCGUUUGAAAGAAUAAAGCGUCCCUCAGCUGUUACACAUACCGCUUUUUAAAAGAAAGUCAUGUUUUUCUCUUUGAAUCAACAACGUGUGUGGAUGUUAUUUUUAUAUAACAUCCUAUGGAUUUUCAUAUUCCUGUUUUCCAGCUCAGUUUGAUGUUGAUUCGUCAUUUUGUAUCAACAUGUUUAUUCCUGCAAAGUAUGUUAAGUAUGAGAUGUAUUCCUAUGUUUGGAACAAUCCACUGUGUGAUCUGUAAUAAAACAGAAAAACGGCAA